GCUUCGCGAUUUGACGAUGUCGGUGAUCUGUGAGGAAAUUCCCCGUUCGGAAAUCAUUGAGAAGGCUGCAUAUGAAGGUGUGAAAGAUUUCAUCUUCGUGCGGAGAAAGGAGCGGCCGAAGGACAUCAAGGUGGCUGAGAAAUGGAGCAUGGAACCAUGCUUCCUGCCCUCGUUCUACGAGGAAGUCGCGCAGAGAAUUCUGGACUUUGAAGUGCGUGCAGAUGAUGUGUGGAUCGUCACGUAUCCAAAGUGCGGAACAACUUGGACACAAGAAUUAAUUUGGCAGAUUUGUAACAAUCUCAACUAUGAUCAAUCAAAAUCUCCACUUUAUGAGAGAUUUCCUUUCCUUGAAAUUGGGAGUCUCUUGUCGAGAGACUGGCCGAAUGUUGACUACGUUACUCGUCUGGAAAAAGCGCCAUCGCCACGGUUUAUCAAGAGUCACUUGCCAGCGCCCCUUCUGCCCAACGGCCUGUGGACGGUGAAGCCUAAAAUUGUCUAUGUCGCGAGGAAUGUUAAGGACGUCGCAAUUUCUUGGUAUCAUCAUCACGUCAACAUUCACUACUUUCCCGGGAGCUUCCAAGACUUCAUGGACACCAUGAUCGCGGAUAAGAUCAUGUAUUCGCCCUUCCAUUCGCAUAUUGUGGACUUCUGGCGCAUGAAAGAUGAACAGAACAUCUUGUUCUCCACAUUCGAAGACAUGAAGAAGGAUCUUCCGGCGGUUAUUCGGCGCACGAUCAAAUUCUUCGGCAACGAUUAUUCCGAGGCGCAAAUCCAGACAUUGGCUGAUCAUCUCUCAUUUGCGCAGUUGUCAAAGAAUCCCUCAGUGAAUCUGGAUCACAUGCUGAAGGGCAUUCAAGUGGCCAUCAAUAAGAAGAUGAAAGAUCAAAACUAUCACUUUAUCAGAAAGGGAGAAACUGGAUCGUUCAAGAAGGAAAUGACUCCUGAACUCGUUGAGAGGUUCAACAAGUGGACGGAAAGUGAAAUGCAGAAGCUCAAUUGUGAGCCUGAGCUUCGCAAUAUAUUCUUACUCAAUGAGAGCUGAAGGCCACUCUUUCGCCGCCUAAUGAACAACCAACAAAACAUUUAAAUUGAGCUUUUCCCUUAGUUAAAAAUCUCUUGAGAAGCCAAAUUUCUACACUUUCAAAUAAAUUGAAAUAAAUAUUAUUGUUAAA